GGCGCGGCCCCACAUGUCAUCCAGUCAGACCACAUCCUCAGGGACUCCUCCAGCUUCCCUUCCCUCUCCGGCCAGCCCACCCAACCCUCUCCGGCGGCGACCACGGCGGCGCCACCUCCAACCCGGCCACCCGCCCGCCCGCAAAUGUCCUCGGCGGCCUGUUCGCUCCGCCCGGCGCCGCGGUGGGCCGCGCCGUCGCAGCGCCGGCUCGUGGAGCAGCACCUGGCGUCCCUGCCCCACGGCCUCCCGCGGCUCCACCACCUGCAGGAGCUCCACGCCCAGCUCCUCAAGCAUGGCCUCCACCUCGACCCGGUCGCCGCCUCCAAGCUGCUCUCCUCCUACGCGCUCCAUCGCCGCCUCCCGGCCUCCCGCGGCGUCUUCGCCUCCUUCCCCAACCCACACGCCACCACCUUCCUCCCCAACACCCUCCUCCGCGCCUACGCGCUCAAUGCCCUGCCCCGCGAAGCGGUCGCCGUCUUCUCCGCCAUGCCUCAUCGGGACAGCUUCACCUACUCCUUCCUCAUCAAGGCGCUCUCCUCCGCCGGCGUGGCCCCCCUCCGCGCGGUUCACUCCCACGUCGUCAAGCUUGGGUCCAUCGAGGAUACCUAUGUUGGGAACGCGCUGAUCGACGCCUACUCCAAGAAUGGCGGGUUUUCGGACGCCAGUAAGGUGUUCGAGGAAAUGCCGAGGCGGGACGUCGUGUCCUGGAACUCGGCCAUGGCUGCGAUGGUGCGGCAGGGGGAGGUGGAAGGAGCGAGGCGGAUGUUUGACGAGAUGCUGGAGAAGGAUACCGUGAGCUGGAACACCUUGCUUGAUGGGUACACCAAGGCCGGGGAUGUGGAGGAAGCGUUCAAGCUGUUUCAGUGCAUGCCAGAGAGGAAUGUGGUGUCAUGGUCGACGGUAGUGUCCGGUUAUUGUAAGAAGGGUGACAUGGAGAUGGCUCGAGUGAUCUUUGAUAAGAUGCCGACCAAGAACUUGGUUACCUGGACUAUAAUGGUCUCUGCAUGUGCCCAGAAUGGGCUUGUCGAGGAAGCAGGGAAGUUGUUUACUCAGAUGAAGGAGGCUUCUGUGGAACUUGAUGUGGCUGCGGUUGUGAGUAUCCUGGCUGCAUGUGCAGAGUCAGGCUCACUUGCUCUUGGGAAGAGGAUUCACCGGUACGUGCGGACGAGGCAGCUGGGGAGAUCAACCCACGUUUGCAAUGCACUGAUUGACAUGUUUUGCAAGUGCGGGUGUAUAAACCGGGCCGAUUAUGUCUUUGACACUGAGAUAGUUGAGAAGGAUUCGGUGUCGUGGAACACCAUAAUUGGGGGGUUUGCGAUGCAUGGGCAUGGAGACAAGGCGCUAGAUUUCUUUGCUCAAAUGAAGCUACAAGGGUUCUGUCCAGAUGCUGUGACGAUGAUAAACGUUCUUAGUGCAUGCACACACAUGGGGUUUGUAGAGGAGGGACGCAGGUAUUUUGCCAACAUGGAGAGGGACUAUGGUGUCGUGCCACAGAUAGAGCAUUACGGUUGCAUGAUCGACCUUCUUGGUCGUGGAGGGCUCAUCAAGGAGGCUGUUGACCUGAUAAAAAGCAUGCCUUGGGACCCUAAUGAGGUCAUAUGGGGGUCUCUUCUCAGUGCAUGCCGACUGCACAAAAAUGUGGAGUAUGCAGAAAUAGCGGUGAAUGAGCUCAGUAAGCUGCAACCCUCCAACGCAGGGAACUAUGCUGUACUUUCAAGCAUCUAUGCAGAGGCUGGGAAGUGGAGUGACAUGGCGAAGGCAAGGAUGCAAAUGAAAGGAACUGGUUCUCAGAAGUCAUCAGGAUCAAGUUGGAUUGAACUUGAUGAAGCAUUCCAUGAGUUCACAGUGGGGGACAGAAAACACCCAGACUCGGACCAGAUAUCUGAGAUGGUUGAUAGGCUUAGUUCGCAUGCUAAGGAUGUUGACUGCGUUCCAACUGGUCGUUAGCUGCUUGUGCAGUAAGUCAUUUGCCAAGGACAUGCCCCAGUCACAAGAAUGGAAUGCUCCAUCAGGUGUGAAACCUUGCCACUGGAACUUGUGCAGGGCAUGUAAUCUCAAGUAAGGAAGCACCAGCUCCAGUGAAACCUUCCCACUGGCUGCAGUCAAGAAGAUGUCGUGUCAUGGUACAGCUCUGGAAAGCCCCGAGAUCUGAUGAAGCAUUUCUCAGCAUCUGCUCUUCUGACACCAGGUUUGCUCUGUUAAGAAUUGCUACUAUGUUAAAACGGAAGUAGGUGAUAGAAAGGACUGGUAAAACACUGCCCAAGUGCCAAUGUAGUUAGGUUGGUCGAAUGGUUCAUGGCUUGUUACUUUAAUGCUUCACUUCAUCUGGUUAAACAAAACCAAAGCAGCAUGUAGGGUUAGGUCUUCUUUAAAAUAAGAGAAGCAAGAAGACCUUAGAUUAAAAAUCAAGAAGUGAUUUUUAUGGGUAUUGCCCCAUAAGGUUGGAGAAGUAGAAUAGUUGAGUGUUAGUAGUUGAUCCCAUCCUUUAAGAUUUAUGACUUCACAGAGAAUGUACUCCAUAUUAAUGAUGUAGCAUACAUUAUUACAUUGUUCAGGCAUCAACCUUGUAUCUUGUACAAAAACUAUAUCAUUCAUUUGUACUUCUUUAGGUUGCACUUUCACACUUUCUAUACAUAUAUGAAUGUCAAACUACAUCAUGGAGUGUUA